ACACCCGUACGUAAGUCAUCAGCCUUCAAAAUAUAACCUCGGCAACAUAUCCAAACUAAAAUGGAAGUAGCAACAACCAGUUACACUACAAACAACGGUAUCUUUAAGUCUUUUGAGGACAUCUUAGAAACUGUUAAAUACGAGGAAAAUGGAGAUUCUGAAGAUGAAAUUGAAACUGUACUGACGUCGGACGAAGAGGUAGAAGAUGAAAGCCUUUGUUUUAAUUUGGAAAGCAUUUUUGAAACAGAAACGGAGUGCAAAAAUGAAAAUAAUGUUAUUCGCCGAUGUGAAUAUGGUGUAGAUAUUCAGCCCAAUGUAGAUGACAGCAUCGAGUUAGAAACGGUAAUAACUGUCAAUGAUGAGGAAAAUGGAAUAAAUGAAUCAAAACGUUCCAAAGAGUUUGAAAAUAAAACAGACGUCAGUAUUCACGCGACAUUGAAAUAUAAGUGCGCUGACUGUUCGAGGAGUUAUGAUAGAAAGAGCAGCCUAAUUCGUCAUUUAAAACGUAAUCCCAGUGGAUGUAAAGAAAAACAAUCACAACAAGUGGAAAACGAAUGUGGACUUUGUCACAAAGUAUUUAGAGAUAGAAGAACAUUGGUUCAACAUAUGUUUAUACAUACAGGAGAACGUCCCUAUGAAUGCAUAGUCUGCAAGAAACGAUUUCGUCAAAAGUCGGCUUUAAAAGAACACACAAUUAGCCAUCACACUUCCGGUGAUAAACGGUUCAAGUGCACGCUGUGUGAAAAAUCGUAUAAUAAAAUAACUCUUUUCAAUGAACAUAUGCAAAUUCAUAGUGGAGUCCGUUUCCAAUGUACACACUGUGAAAAGUCGUUUUCAGUAUCAAGAACAUUGAGAAAUCACAUGAAACUACACGAAACUGGAUUAGAAUAUACAAGAAGUCAUCUGUGUAGUAUUUGUGAAAAGCCUUUUAUGACUAUAGAAAACUUAAAGCUGCACAUGGAAGUACACAAUGGAACACAAAAACAGGUUUGCAACAUUUGUGACGCAAGGUUCAGUAGGAAAGCCGACCUAGAGAGACAUGUGUUCACGCAUACUGGAGAGAAACCUUACAAGUGCAAGCUAUGUCCGCGAACUUUUCGACAACCAGGCGAGCUUGGAAGACACAUGGCAUGGCAUCGGGGAGAUUACACGUGCAAAUACUGUGGGCGUAAAUAUGCAAGAAAAGAUGAACUUUUAAGACACGUCAGCAAACAUGAAAGAGAAUUGAAUAUUGAGACCACAUCACCAAAUAAGCUGCAAUGUAAAUAUUGCGAAAAAGUUCUAACCAGUGAAUUUAACUUACAACAACAUUUAGAAACACAUAAGAGGAAGGCAGAGAUGUAUACUUGCGAAGAGUGUGGAAUCACGUUGAGCAACAACAGUAAUUAUCAUAGACAUAUGAGAUUUACACACAACCGGAGGUCAGACCAUGAAAUGCAGCCACACGUGAGCAAGUCAUCAGAGAGUGUCGACGAGGGACCAUUUGAGUGUGAUCUGUGCUCCAAAAUUUGCAAAAGUAAGAGAACUCUGACAGAGCACGUGAAUUACGUGCAUUUAAAGAAAUUCAAACACGUAUGUAGCAUAUGUGAUCAGAAUUUUUACAAGAGAAAAGAUCUAAAAAGACACGAAGAGAGAAAACACAAUGUUACAUUGGAGUAGCUUAUAAAAUCCCUCUGCAUGGUUUUAUGUUCAAGUUUUGCUACAUAACAUUUUAAAUCGGUUCAAAUGGGCUCACUGUUUUUAAAUAAUCUCAUAUUUUUAUCUUUUUUAUCAUAUUAAGCGAUAUUGCAUGUGAAGAUUUUCCAUGAUUUUAUUUUAUAUCUACUUUCAUUAAAAACAAAUUAAAUCGCUUUUUAAAAAUGAAAAUAAUUAUAUUUUUGUGAAAAUGUGUCUUUAUGGAUGUAUCAAAACAGAGAAAGACACAAAAGUAUUCAGUACAUUAGAUUAAUCGUGUGAAAUGUAUUGAAAAAUACCUUCUUAUUUUUGGAAACAUUAUUUUUUUAUUUGAUAACUGACAUCAAU